AUGGCUACACAGGUGUUGAUUGCCCAUACGGGCCAGCGGCUGGAGGUCGAUACCACGCAGUUCUCCAGUCUUGACGACUUGAAGUCGUGGGUAGCUCGGAAUAGCGCCGUGUCGUUGCAGCAUAUCGUUGUCUUGACUCCCCAGGGCCGCAGCGUCAAGUUGGCAAACCUUCACACCGAGAAGGAGAUAUACGUCUACGAUAUCCGUGUCACGCAGCCGUCUGCUGGCAGUGCGUCAUCGCUCAUCUCCGAGGCCUCGCUGCCUCGGCGCCAGUCCAUCCCCAACGCCCCGAAUUCGAUCGACGAUAUUCAAGCAAUCACGUCAUGGCAGGAUUUAUGCAAGGAGCGCCGCAAUUGGGCGACGCGCAUCAUGGAGGACUGCGACCAAUUGAACGCGGCUGCGCAGGCCCGAUACGACGAGAUAGACGUCAUGAUCAGGUGCCUGGAUGCUGCCGUCACCAAUGUCGAGAUAAGCGUCAAACAGAUUGAGCCAAAGUACAACGAACUGAAGAAAUGGGUUACGCCGGCCCUGUCGGAGCACGAGCAGCUGGUUUCGUCCUGGGAUCGUUAUCUUGACCUGGCCCGGAGCAUACCGAUAUCUUCGGGCUUGGUCAAAUUCAUGACCCGCGGCCAAGUGAACAAGGCCGACCCUACACUGGAAGAUCUCAUCGAGUUGGAAACGGCCAACAAGGCCGGCAAGUUGGCUCCUACGGCGCAUCGACGAUUCAGCCAAAAGGCCAACGAGCUAGACGGAGCCGCGACCCAGAUGUACCAAGGGCUGGAAACACUCAUCGGCGAGUUCAAUUCAUUGAUGAACAGGUCUCUCUUGGGCCACAGCACCGAUUCUUCGCAGCUCAUGGAGGAUAUUGAGGCGGUGGCCAAACAAAUCGACUCGGAUUACCGUGCAGCCCUCAAUUAUGGCAACUCGCAGCGAGACUUGGCCCAGGCUUCAAAGACGGCCUCGAUUCACACUGAAAGACUUGUCCCAACCCUCCGAAAACGAGCAAAGGAGAUGGAUGAAAUGGCGCAGUAUGCGACACAAGCGCGAAAUGCCAUUGCGGCGGAUUCUGUAAGCUUCAUGCGCAACAUUACGGAAAUAACCUCCCUGCACAGCAGUGUCAGAAACCAAAUCAACGUCCUGAAUCAAUCCGAAGAUGACAUGACAACGUUCGAUUACCUGCGACUCAUCCAGCAGCUGCCAUACAUGUACGCCUCCUUCAUGGUCGAGGCCAUCCGAAGGCGAGAGUGGAUCGACAAAGUCAAGGCUGACUCUUCAACGCUUGCCAACGAAAUGGCCUUAUUCCAGGACGAAGAAUCGAAGCGUCGUAAGAAGUGGCAAAAGAUGGUUGGCAGCAUGUAUGGGCCCGGACUCGAUACCAAUGUUAUGGGUCUUGAGGUCAACCUGCGGGGCGAAGAUAUCCCCUGGCCCUCCAUUGGGAAGCCCGAGCUGGAAGAGUUUCUUCAACUGCUGCAGGAGCGGAAUACGGACCAAGAGAUUGUGAAUGACGUUGCCAAGCUCCUCCAAGAGCUCUCUGCCCCCACCAAACAGCAAUCCAAGAGACUCAAAGCAUUUAAGAACGGCAGCGUGCACGAGGCAACUCUGGGGAGAAGCGGGCUCUUGAUUCGCGGCGAUGACGACCUCAUUGGCUCUCUACAAGAUGAAAAGCUCAGGCUGGAAAACAAGCUCAAGACAGCCGACAGCAGAGUACGCCGCCUUGAAGAUCUUCUGCACCGGCAGAGCCAAGCCUCGCGCCCUGGUAAUCUGUUUCCGUUGCAAGGGCAGAACGGGCAUUCGAGACAUAAUUCCAUCUCAUCAAUCAAAUCAGCCCGCGUUGAAGACCGACCACCCUUAACGGAUGGGACGGAACAGCUGUCGCAACGGAUAGCGCAGUUGGAGAACGAGCUUCGCGAAGAAAAGAAGCGCUCGGCGGACUUUCAGAAAGACCUUGACAAUCGCGUCAAUGAGAGAGAUGACAUGAGAGAUAGGAUCGAAGAAGUCAACUCGACGAAGAAGGAUCUACUUGAAAACAUGGAAGCCCUGAAGCGGGAAUUUUUGGACGAGAGAAUCUCCCUGGAGAAUGAGAUCAAGACGCUCAAGGCCCGGCUGGAGGAUACUGAAGAAGAGAUGGAUCAUUUUGGGGAAUCCCGGGAGAACGAAAAGGCCAAUUUCGACGAGAAAAUCCAAGCCCUCGAGGCGGAGAUUGAGCGAGCCAACAAGGAACGAAAAGAUGAUAUGCUCAAGUCCCAGGGCCAGGUUGAGUUCCUACGCAAAGAGACACAGAUGCAACGGGAUCAGCUCGAUGCCUCCGAGCGAAGACUACGCUCUGUACGCGAAGAGGCCCGACUUACAUCCAAGAAGCUCGAGUCAGUGGAGGAGAGUGCAGAAUCUCGACUCGAAUGGCUAAAGAAGCUGUAUGCUGAGCUGUCGCCAGACAAGGCCAUGCCAACCGACGAGGCUGACCUGACCGAGGCUCUCAUCUCCAAUGCCGCUGAUAUCGUCGAGAAGGUGCGGAAUUCUGGGAGCACCGCCUCGCUCUUAAGAUCCGAGCUUGACAAGGCCACCAACUCAGCUAAGGAGCUUCGAGCCGAACUGACUCAGAUGAAGGAAAGCCUCUCGUCACAAGAGAUGUCUACGAUGCACGCCCGGGAGAACCUUGCCGAGGAAAAGGCCAAGGUGACUGCCUUGGAACGCGAAGUGACGGAGAGCAGGGAGGAGCUAAACCAGCUCCGAAGCCAAUUAUCGGACGGCGAGACAGGAUCCGAGAUGCUCCGCAAGAAGCUCGAGAAAGAGGAGAAGAAGGUUACGGAGCUCUCGGAAGAGGUUGCUUGGCGACAGUCCCAGGUUGGCAGCCUUGAAGAAGAGUCCCGGCUCUUCAAGCAGAGAUUUGAAGAUGUCCAGUCGAAGCUAUCUGCGCUUAGCGCGCAAUACGAAGCGCGCGACGGACGAACCAAGGACCUAACACAGAGGCUCUACUCUCAGAAUGACCGUCUAACCAGACUCCUCGAGCGCGUAGGCUACUCCAUCAGUCGAGAUGCGGGCCAGAUGGUGAUCACAAGGGUGUCUCGAUCUGACAAGCUUGCUGUAAAUCCCAACGACUCUUCGGACCCCGGCUCUUCCCUUCGCCGGUCGCUUAGCCUAGGUGGUCGUGCCAUGACUGAUAGUUCCGAUUUAGAGCUCCUCUACUGGGUUAGCAAUACGGACCCUACAAUUGAGGAUGAGAAAUACCAGGCCUUUAUGGAGAAGCUGGGCACGUUUGAUACCGACCUGUUUUCCGAUACGAUAUAUCACAGAGUCAAGGAGGCGGAGCACAAGGCGCGAAAAUGGCAGCGGGAAGCUAGAUCAUACAGGGACCGGGCGCACAGCUUACAAAAGGACUCUCAUAACAAGAUUGCGUUUAGGAACUUCAAGGAGGGCGACCUGGCGCUUUUCCUCCCAACUCGAAACCAGCAGGCGGGAGCCUGGGCUGCCUUCAACGUGGGAUUCCCGCACUAUUUCCUCCGCGAGCAAGACGCUCACCGACUUCGUCACCGAGAGUGGCUUGUUGCCCGAAUCUCCAAAAUCCAGGAGCGUGUCGUGGAUCUUUCCAAGAGCCUACAGCCAAGCAACGAGACCGACUCGAAUGAUGAGGAGAACGACAACCCCUUCCAGCUGUCGGAUGGCUUGCGAUGGUAUCUCAUAGACGCCCAAGAGGACAAGAUAGGGGCCCCCACAACGCCUGGGAUGGGUAAAUCAACCGUUGCCGCCAAUAACGUCGAGGCCACGGCUAAUAUUCAAUCCCACGCAGCCAAGGGGAAAGGGAGGAGCCGGGACAGCAUAGCGAGCAUCGAGGGCAUUAACAAGACUCUUUCCAAGAGCCUAGAGAGCCGGCGGAGCAGCUCGGGGUCUAAGAAAGCCCUCCCGUUUCAUAUCAGUGGCGGAACAGCCCUGUUGAAGAACAGCGCGCUGGCGAGCGAGACCAACUCUCUUCGUGCCGCUCCUCCCGACACACCGACGGCCACAAGCCCGGUCCAGGGCAGUGUCCUCAGUGCUACCAAUACCGAUGGUGGGCAACGAGGCGGCGAGCCGUCUGUGCAGGACAAGUCGGGAAAGGCCCCCGAGCCACAGCCACAGCCUCACAAGAGCAAUCGGCGUAAGAGCUCGGUUGCUUUCAGCCCGAUGAGGAGCUCCGGUUUGUGGGAUCAGCUAUGGAGCAUGGACUAUAGCUACGAAACCAUUUUGAAGCUGAUGGAGCUUCUUCACUCCUCUGGAUCGGCAAACAAGAUGCCAUCGCCGUCAUUGCCGCCCGAGCUGCUGCUCCUCGUCGUCGAAGCAGUGCUGCCGCCAAACCCAUACCAGCUGCUGCCAGCCUCACACAUCUCGACCAGGACGCUGCUGGCGCUGGCGAGGGUAUCGCGGGCGACGUAUGCGCAGGCCACGCGGCUUCUGCGGCAGCGGUGCGUGUUUGUGGAUUCAAGUCGGCGGCUGGCGGACCUGCUUCUGUGCAUGCCGCGCCUGGUGCCCGGGCUGCCCCCCGUCUUGUCGCUGCGGCACAUCACGGAGCUGUACAUUGCGCCGUUUGGGCCGUCGCUGGACGACCUGCCGACGGCGGUGUGGGUGCGGGAGCUGUUCUGCGAGGUGUGCGAGACGCUGCGGCGGCUGGUGGUGGAGAUGCCGUUUGGCAGCCUGGAUCCGCUGGACGACCACCUGAGCGUGCGGCGGACGCUGCGAGACGGGUUCGAGCAGCUUCACCGGCUGGAGGAGUUUGCGUGCGUGGGCGAGUACCCUUCGCUGAGCGUGCCGGACGGGCACACGGACGUGUGGAGGCUGUGGCCGGAGCUGAGGCGGCUGGUGCUGUUCGACGUGCCCAUGGACAGUCACUGGCUGUGGUGGGACAUUGCGACGCUGCCGAGGCUGGAGCACGUGGUGCUGGCGAGGCCGGUGCGGCUGGACGCGGUGAACAUCAAGGACGAGUACUUUCACAAGCUGCCGAGGGAGGACGCGAGGCUGGGGAGGGAGAUCAAGGUUGUGUUGAUGGACUUGGUGUAUGAUUUGGGGGUGGUGAGGACGGAGCGGUGGGGGGAGAUUGAUCCGGAGGAGAGGAUGACGGUGGAGGUGUUUGAGGUGCCGUUGCCGUUUUAUGGGGAUGAGACGCCGGCGGAGUUGGUGACGGGGUGGGCGAGGAGGGGGGCGUUGGAUGGGAGUGUUUGGAGGUUGGAUGGGACGAGGGAUGAGGAUGAGGAUGAGGAUGAGGAUGAGGAUGAGGAUGAGGAUGAGGAUGAGGAUGAGGAUGAGGAUGAGGAUGAGGAUGAGGAUGAAUAUGUGGAUGAGGACGAAGACGAGGACGAAGAUGAGCUAUUCACCGGCAGUAUAUGA